AUGGAGAAAACCAGCGACUACUACCGCGUGGACGAGGACUUGCCGGCGAGGUUCAACCACCCGGCGUGCUUCCGGGGCUACAGGAGGACCAAGGAGCCGGCCUCGGUGUACAUGACCAGUAACCAGGCCUACGGGAGCCGAGCGCCCACCGUGCACGAGAUGCCGAAAGUGUUCUACGCAAGUUCGAACAGCUUCUCCAGGCAGCUGGCAGCUGCUGGAAUGUUCCGGAACACUUCCUUGAACGUCCACGUGGAGAAGAGCAACGUGAUGGGCGCCGACAACUGGAUCACCUCCUUCGACCGGCUGAACUUCCACCCCAGCUACAACGUGCGCCGGCCCUCCAUCUGCAACGACUGA